CAAUUGCCCGCCGAGAUGAGUGCAACGAUGACCGUCACCGAGACGCAGUCUCAAUCUGCGCAAAAUAUCCUCAGACUAUUUCCUGAAAUCAACACGGAACUCGCUGCCCAAACACGAUCCGCAACGCAGGAUGCCGACCUUGCGGGAUACGACGAGGAGCAGAUUCGAUUGAUGGAUGAAGUGUGCAUUGUGCUGGACAACGAUGACCUACCAAUCGGAAGUGCCAGCAAGAAAGUGUGCCACCUCAUGGAGAACAUAAACAAGGGUCUGCUUCAUCGCGCUUUCUCCGUCUUCCUCUUCGAUUCGCAAGAUCGAUUACUGCUGCAACAACGAGCUUCCGAGAAGAUCACAUUCCCAGAUCUGUGGACCAACACGUGCUGCUCCCAUCCUCUAGGCAUCCCUGGCGAGACUGGCUCAACCCUGGAUGCAGCUAUCAUGGGAGUGAAGCGAGCAGCGCAAAGAAAGCUUGAUCAAGAGUUGGGAAUCAAGGCUGCGCAAGUGCCAAUUGAGAAAUUCAACUUCUUGACACGGAUACACUAUCUUGCGCCAAGCGAUGGAAAGUGGGGAGAGCACGAGAUUGACUACAUUCUCUUCAUUAAAGCAGAUGUGGAUGUGCACGCCAACCCGAACGAAGUGCAGGCCACCAAAUACGUGCAUGCUGAUGAGCUCAAGGAGAUGUUCAAGGAUGACAAGCUCAAGUUCACACCUUGGUUCAAGCUGAUUUGCAACAGCAUGCUGUUCGAAUGGUGGCAGAACCUGAAUGGAGGUCUGGAAAAGUACAUGAACGAGACGGAGAUCAGGCGCAUGUGAGGAGGAAGUACUGGAUCGGGAUUAGGCAUUCACGGGUGUUGGCAUUAGCAUGAGGUUUAGCGAUACCACGGAGCGCACGAAGAGCGCUUCACUUCUUGUGAGUAAUAUCAGUACACCAUACGAAUUCUACCUUGCCCCUAG